AUGUAUUUCUCUUCUGCUGCGCUCGUCGCCCUUUGCUCUAUCAGCGUGACCUACGCGGCGCCUUUCGCCAAUCCCGGAAACGAAGACCUCGCUCGCCGCGCAACCUACUCCGUGGUCAAUGCUGAUGAAGACUCCUCUUCCAGCUCUGUUGCACCCGAAGUCGACACUGUCUUCAAAACUUCCACAGUCACUGCUCCUGGUGCCAACCCAGUGCCCAGCACUGUGACUGUGACUGCUACCCCUUCGAGCGUGCCCCCUUCCUCGACUGCUGUGGCUAGCUCUACUCCAUGCUUGGAGAUCCUUAGUCUACUUCCAACCCCUGGCUCUUCCUCUUUCUUCCGCCGGGGCCUGAGAGCCGCUGGUCAGCCUGCUCUCUUUGCUCGCGAGUACUCUAGCUCUUCUGCUUCGCUGUACGCCAGGGAGUACCCCACCGCCUCUGCUGCCGAGUCUCUCUAUGCUCGUGGCUGGUACUCUUCUGCUUCUGGUACUCCUUCUAUUGCCAGCCCUACCGCUUCGCCUACUUCCCUCGUGGCUCGCGGCUUCGGUGAUUGGUACUCUUCCGCUUCAGUUUCACCCUCUUCUUCCAGCCUGAGCGCUUCCGUCACUGCCACUCCCCUCGUGGCUCGUGGCUGGUACUCCUCUGUUGCUACCCCCUCUGUCUCGGCAACUCCCCUUGUGGCCCGCGGCUUCUAUGUGUCUCCCUCCGGCACUCCCUCCAGCUCGAGCGUCCCUACUUCAGCUGCCCCUCUAGCUGCCCGCGGCCAAUAUGGCUGGUACUCUUCCGUCCCUAGUGCUUCCUCUGUUGCCACACCUGCCUCUUCCCCUCUUGUGGCCCGUGGUGUCCGCAGCUGGGGCUCUUCCAGUGUCUCUUCGCCUGCCUGCAGCACCUUCGCGGCGUCGGCUACUCCUGUGGCCUACUAA